GUAAAAUGUUGUUGUACCUAACGGUGUGUCCUGGGUGCAUUAAAAUUCGAAAUCGAAUGAUUUUGUUUCUGUACAUAUUACACAAUCACACGACACUUGAGCAAAGUAGCGCAUGUGAAUUACUUAAAUUAAAAUACAGGUAGUAGAACAAAGGAUAUACUGAACGGUAGACACGAAGACAUGUAUUUCUCUGUGCGAUUGCGUAUAAUUUGAAGACUAUUGGUAAACGGUCUGUGAUUCAUCAUAGAAAAGAUGAAGAAGCUUUCUGGAAGGGAGCGGUCAAGCAGAGAAGAACGAUGCUUAGCAUGACAUAUACUCUUAAUAAGGAAUAUGCCUGUCUGAUCUCCUUCUCGAAAUGCAAUCGCCUUUGCUGAUUCGUGCCAAGGGCGAUAAAAAUCGCCCGGUUGCAGGAGUGCGAGAUCUCUUCGCAAGUUGACUCAUUCUCGUCCGGAAUCAGAGGAACAGAACGCGGAACGCGAACGAAUUCCUGCUAAACGUUGCCAUCACCGGUUGCCAGGAUGUUCUCUGCCGGUGUCCGUAGCCUAAGACGUCCCGUCAUCGACCUUGAAACUUCAGGUCGGAGAACCGAGAGAGGUUUCGCCUUGGGUAAUCGGUGCCGCGGACUCGAAAACUAGGCCUGUGCCUGCGGUGACGUCGUCUUCGUUAUACGUCCCGAUGUAUACGGUGAACGAACGGUGAUGAGAGGCGUGGAGACGACGAGGACGAAAGAGACGCGAAGCAAGCGUGGAGGAGCAGUGAGGAGAGCAAUAAGACAGAAUGUGUUGGUGAACGAAGGAGAGAGAGAAAGAGGGAAAGAAAGAUAUGCACAAUGUAUACGGAGAAGGAAAGAGAAAGAAAGACAGAGGCGCGUUCGCGGUAACGAAACAAAUAGGCCGGCGACUUUCACCGCGUAUCCAAGAACGGCAACACGACAUACAGCGAACACAGGCUGAGCGCUCUUGGCCCAAACCACUCGAGUAUGAGGUGUACCCUCGCUCACCAACGUCCUCGAGGGUGGGGGGAAUCCUGCUUCGAAGCCGCCAGACACGAGGCAUACCCUGAGAGCCAGCGAACGGACCUCGAUUCUUUUUCUUUCGUCCGUGUGUCGCACGUGUUGUCUCUAUUCUCCGUGGUGGCCCGGCUACGACCUCACUGUGCCUCCAUCCACCAUACAGAAAGUGUCUUUUCGUUGAUCUCCGCUGUUUUGAUAUCUCUUUCUUUUUUUGUACAGUAUAUGGCCAAAAAUUGGAUAACGUUCGAGUCAGCUUGUCGCGUACCAAAGUGUGUGUCACCUUGCACGCCUUCCUUGUAGCCAUUCCUCCUUUGAAUAGAUAUCGACUCUGAACAGAAAGCAUCGAGUAGUGCGGCAGUUUUUGUGCGCCAAGAGAGGAACAAAGUGGUGAUCAAUCGUUGAAAGAAAUGCACGGGUGCGUGUUGUUACGCUGACGAUGACACGACGACGACCACCAGAUUCGACAUGGAUCGACCUGCUAGUCUGGCUGCUUUUGAUUAUCCUGCCUGCUGGAACCGGAGUUGCGCAUAGCUAUGCGGAUAAACAAAGGUACGAUGGAUGGUACAACAAUCUGGCUCAUCCUGAUUGGGGAUCGAUCGACAGCAGGCUGAUACGAAAGAUGCCAGCAGCAUAUUCCGAUGGGGUUUACAUGUUGGCUGGCCAGGAUAGGCCAUCUCCAAGGAAGCUCAGUCAGCUUUUCAUGCAAGGUGACGAUGGUCUGCCAUCCGUCAAAAAUAGGACAGCAUUAUUUGCCUUCUUCGGGCAACUGGUCACGUCGGAGAUAAUCAUGGCCAGCGAAAGUGGCUGCCCCAUAGAGUACCAUCGAAUCGACGUGGACAAAUGCGAUCCGGUUUUCGACAAGGAGUGCCAAGGUAACAAGUACAUUCCCUUCCGUCGGGCGGAUUAUGAUCGGCAAACCGGACACAGCCCUAAUAGUCCACGUGAACAGAUAAACAAAGUGACGAGUUGGAUCGACGGUAGCUUCAUUUAUUCGAGCAGUGAAGCAUGGGCGAACACCAUGAGGUCUUUCAAAAACGGCAGCCUCCUUAUGGAGCCUACCAGGAAAUUUCCUGUGAGGAACACGAUGCGUGCUCCACUUUUUAAUCAUGCUGUUCCACACGUUAUGAGAAUGCUCAGUCCAGAACGUCUUUAUCUUCUUGGAGAUCCACGAACGAAUCAGCAUCCUCCGUUAUUGGCUCUUGGAAUAUUGUUUUAUCGGUGGCAUAAUGUGAUUGCUGCACGAAUACAACUGGAGAAUCCAAAUAUGUCUGACGAAGAUAUUUUUCAGAAAGCGAGACGUGUUGUUAUAGGAACGCUUCAGAAUAUUAUCUUAUACGAGUACAUUCCAAUACUUCUUAAUGAAGAUCCUCCAACGUAUACAGGAUACAAGCCAGAUUUACAUCCUGGAAUCAGUCACAUAUUCCAGAGCGCAGCUUUUCGAUAUGGACACACGUUGAUACCACCAGGAUUGUAUCGUCGAAAUGAAAAUUGCGAAUAUAGAAGAACUAAUACCGAUCAACCUGCGAUUAGACUUUGUUCCACUUGGUGGGACUCCAAUGAAGUUUUAACUAACAGUACGAUCGAAGAACUCCUCAUGGGCAUGACAUCGCAAAUAGCAGAGAAAGAGGAUAAUCUCCUUGGCACUGACAUUAGAAAUAAUUUAUUCGGACCUAUGGAAUUCUCAAGACGCGACUUAGGUGCUUUGAACAUCAUGCGAGGAAGGGACAACGGGCUUCCAGAUUACAAUACAGCUAGGGCGCAUUUCAAGCUACCUCGUAAGAAAACUUGGAACGAAAUCAAUCCGGAAUUAUUCAAUAAAAACCCUUCGCUACUGCGUACGUUAGUAGAAAUUCAUUCGAAUAAUUUAAACAAUGUGGACGUUUAUGUUGGUGGAAUGUUGGAAUCCAGUGCCGGCCCCGGAGAACUCUUUUCAGCUGUAAUUAAAGAACAGUUUCUUCGCUUGAGAGAUUCUGAUAGAUUUUGGUUCGAAAAUGAAGAAAAUGGAAUUUUCACAAAAAGUGAAAUAGCAGAUAUUCGUCGGGUAACUUUGUGGGAUGUAAUAGUAAAUGCAACAGGAAUACCAGCAGACGCCAUUCAAAGGAGUGUGUUCAACUGGGAAGAAGGAGAUCCAUGUCCUCAGCCUUACCAACUCAACUCAACAAUGCUGGAACCCUGUGUUCCACUACAACGUUACGACUAUUUUGAAGGAAGUGAGCUGGUGUACAUAUACGCCUGUGUUUUUCUCGGUUUUGUUCCGAUUCUUUGCGCUGGUGCCGGUUAUGGUCUGGUCAAGCUCCAAAACCGACGAAGAAGACGUCUAAAAAUUCUCCAAGAAGCGAUACAAAAGAGGAAAGAUGGUAAAAUCUGCGUGGACAAAAUGAUUGUACGAGAGUGGUUACACGCGAACCAUCGUCGUCUGGUCAAGGUGAAAUUCGGGCCGGAAGCGGCUCUGCACAUCGUCGAUCGCAAGGGAGAGAAACUCCGCACAUUCGAUUUCUGCGACGUGAACACGGUCACGAUAGAAGAAUCGCAGGAAAACGAGAAUGGUCAUCGUAAGGCGUUGGUUCUAUUGCGGAUACCGCGAGACUACGACCUUGUCCUUGAACUGGAUUCGCUGGCCUCGCGUAGAAAGUUCAUUGCGAAACUGGAGGCAUUUCUGGCGUCCCAUAAGAAGCACUUCACUCUGUCCCAAGUGAGUAGGGACAUUAUGCUUGCAAAAGCGGAAACGAAGGAACGCCGCCAAAAGAAACUCGAGCAGUUCUUUAGGGAAGCUUACGCCCUGACGUUCGGUUUACGACCUGGUGAAAGGCGACGACGAUCCGAAGAUAGCGACAGCGGUGAGGUCGUUACCGUGAUGAGGACGUCGCUUUCUAAAAGCGAAUUUGCGAGCGCGCUUGGAAUGCGUGCAGACGCUGUGUUCGUAAAGAAAAUGUUUAAUAUAGUCGAUAAAGACAGGGACGGUCGUAUCUCAUUUCAGGAAUUUUUAGACACUGUUUUAUUAUUUUCACGCGGGAAAACCGAGGACAAAUUAAGAAUAAUCUUUGACAUGUGCGACAAAGACAGUAACGGAGUCAUUGACAAAGAAGAGUUAUCAGAAAUGCUCAGAUCUUUGGUAGAAAUUGCACGCACAACUAGUCUAUCAGACGAUCAUGUUACAGAAUUAAUCGAUGGAAUGUUCCAAGAUGCCGGACUCGAGAGAAAGGAUUACCUCACGUACAACGAUUUCAAGCUGAUGAUGAAAGAGUAUAAAGGCGAUUUCGUUGCGAUCGGUCUCGAUUGCAAAGGCGCGAAGCAGAAUUUCCUCGACACAUCGACGAACGUAGCUCGUAUGACAAGUUUCCAUAUAGAUCAACUUCCACCAGAGGAUUCGAAAACCUGGGCUAAAAAACAGUGGGACGCUGUUUCGACAUUUCUUGAGGAAAAUCGCCAAAAUAUUUUCUAUUUAUUUGUUUUCUAUGUCACAACCAUCGCUUUAUUCGUCGAAAGAUUCAUUUAUUAUUCCUUUAUGGCUGAACACACGGAUUUGAGGCAUAUUAUGGGAGUCGGAAUCGCCAUAACUAGAGGAUCUGCAGCAGCCUUGUCUUUUUGUUACUGUCUACUCCUUUUAACGAUGUCACGCAAUCUUUUGACUAAGCUCAAAGAAUUUUCUAUUCAACAAUACAUUCCUCUUGAUUCUCAUAUACAAUUUCAUAAAAUUGCUGCGUGCACUGCGUUAUUUUUCUCCGUUUUGCACACAGUGGGACACAUGGUGAACUUUUAUCAUAUCUCGACUCAACCAUUAGCUCAUCUUCGAUGUUUGACCAGCGAACUUAGUUUCCCAAGCGAUGCUCGGUUGACAAUAUCGUUUUGGCUUUUUAGAACAGUGACAGGUUUAACUGGGAUCUUGCUGUUCGUUGUAAUGACGAUCAUUUUUGUCUUUGCUCACCCAACUAUUCGUCAAAAAGCGUAUAAAUUUUUCUGGUCCACGCAUAGCUUAUACGUAGUUCUAUAUGCAUUGUGUUUAAUACACGGUUUGGCUCGUUUGACUGGCUCUCCGCGAUUUUGGAUUUUCUUUGUUGGCCCUGCCAUUAUUUAUUCUCUAGACAAGAUGGUGAGUCUCCGUACCAAAUGCAUGGCACUGGACAUUAUCGAAACAGAACUGCUACCUUCAGACGUGAUUAAAAUCAAAUUCUACAGGCCACCAAAUUUGAAAUAUUUAUCCGGUCAAUGGGUUCGUCUUUCUUGUACCGCAUUUAGGUCGAACGAAUUUCACUCGUUCACCUUGACUUCUGCACCACACGAGAACUUUCUCUCGUGUCACAUUAAGGCGCAGGGACCGUGGACUUGGAAAUUGCGCAAUUACUUCGAUCCCUGUAAUUAUAACCCGGAAGACGAGCACCCAAAAAUAAGAAUAGAAGGACCGUUCGGUGGUGGCAAUCAAGAUUGGUACAAGUUCGAGGUCGCUGUGAUGGUUGGCGGUGGCAUUGGUGUCACUCCCUACGCCUCCAUGUUGAACGAUCUCGUGUUUGGAACUUCUACCAAUAGAUACUCUGGAGUUGCCUGUAAGAAGGUUUAUUUCCUUUGGAUUUGCCCUUCUCACAAACAUUUCGAAUGGUUCAUCGAUGUACUAAGAGACGUCGAAAGGAAGGAUGUUACGGACGUGUUAGAAAUUCACAUAUUUAUUACGCAAUUUUUUCACAAAUUUGAUUUACGUACAACCAUGUUGUAUAUUUGUGAGAACCAUUUCCAAAGGCUAUCCAAGAAAAGCAUAUUCACUGGGUUAAAAGCGAUAAAUCAUUUUGGUAGACCCGAUAUGACGUCGUUUCUAAAAUUUGUUCAGAAAAAGCAUAGCUACGUUAGUAAGAUAGGAGUAUUUAGCUGCGGACCGCGUCCUCUAACGAAGAGUGUGAUGUCAUCCUGCGACGAGGUGAAUAAAGGUCGACGCCUGCCGUACUUUAUUCACCACUUCGAAAACUUCGGCUAGUCUAGUUGAUAUCAUUUCGAGAAAAGAGUAGAAGAAGAAAAACGAUGGACUCUAUCGUGAAUCUCGUGCAAUUCUAUUGAGUGUACAUAUUUAUGCGCGUAUGCGCAUGCCUUAUUUAUAUAACAAAUAUUAUAUUUCUUAUUUAUGAUUACAAAAGAAUGAAAGAA